AUUGCCGUUGGUAAUGUUGCUUACUGUUAUCAGUACAGCUUCUAGGACGCAGCAGACAAAAUCAUUUACAUUCAAUUAACGAGUUCGAUUUAAAAAACAUCAUGUCUUUGCAAGGCUCUUAUUUAACAGCAGCUGUUGCUACUGCAGGCGUCAUCGGGGGCGCGUAUUGCGCCUAUAGCAUGUACCAAGUGUAUCAGAAACCGCAAUUACCAACCGUAUGGAACGAAGUUGGGACUUUGAAAGAUCUCUAUGUGUACCCAGUUAAAUCUUGUGGUCCGAUCAUACUCAGUAAAGCGGAAUGUACAAUUUUAGGACUGAAAGACGGCUGGCUGCGAGAUCGAGUUCUUAUGGUCGUUGACGAUAAAAACAACUUUAUAACUGCCAGAGCGUACCCUGAAUUAUUGCUCGUCCAAACAAAGGUCAAGAGUUCAAUUCUUACAUUGAAUUGCAAUGGUAUGGAAUCUAUUGACAUCAACUUGGCUGAGGUAAUAGCGUUACAAACACCAAAGCCGGCUACAAUAUGGGGUAUUACGGUUCCUGUGUACGACUGUGGUUGGGAAGCAAGCGAAUGGUUUUCAAGGUUGCUCGAUAAAACAGCAAAUAGCUUUAGACUCGUUUACUACGCAUCGCAAAAUAGUCGCCAAUGGAGCAAUUCCAUCAACAAAUACUUUAAAUUCACAAAGAAUGAUACGGGUGCUCUACCAGAUGAAGUGCCUUUUCAUUUAAUAAACCAAGCUUCAGUGGACGAUCUUAACACGAGGUUAGAUGGUUCUCGUAUGACCCCACGCAACUUUAGACCAAACUUCGUACUGACUGGCGCCAAGCCGUACGAAGAGGAUGAUUGGAAAUUCAUAAAAAUCGGUGAAAAUAUUUUCGAAGUCAUCAAACCCUGCACCAGGUGUAUUCUAACAACGAUUGAUCCAGAAACCGGUAUACGUAAUGGAAAAACAGAACCGCUGGAGACUUUAAAACGUUACCGUCAAAUCGAAAAUCCAGAAAUACGUAAAAUAACAGGUAGUACGCCACGCAUGGGCCUUCAGAUCGCUCUGCGCUCGGGACCAGGCGGCAUCAUUUCGCUCAACGACACCAUAUAUGCAGCAUAAGUCUUGUUUAUGUAAAACAUGUUCACUUUUUUCGUAUCUUAUAAAACAUGCUACGAGUGGUUUAUUUUUUCUUUAACAGCAAAUAAAAGUGGUUUUAAUUGUAAGAAUUGUUUAUUGAAUAAA